AUGUCAGUCGCGACACACGAGCAGGCGCCCGUCGCCGCUCCCGGCACGGCCCCAGAGAACCUCCCCGUCACGAAGCCGAAAAGACAGAAGAAGGCCCUGCCCAAACCAGUACACUAUCCCUUCUGGUUUGGUGGUUCCGCAAGUAGUUUCGCCGCCUGCGUCACACAUCCUCUUGAUCUGGUCAAAGUACGGCUCCAGCUCCGUUCUGGCAACGCACCCAGCACCAUGGUGGGCACCUUUGGCUACGUCGUGCGCAACGAGGGCAUCUUCGGUCUGUACUCGGGUCUGUCGGCCUCGCUGCUGCGCCAGAUGACGUACAGCACGGUGCGGUUCGGCGUGUACGAGGAGCUCAAGCGGCGGUACACCCCCGAGGGCGAGAAGCCGUCGCUGCCCCUGCUCAUCGGGCUGUCGGGCUUCUCUGGCUUCCUGGGCGGCAUCUCGGGCAACGCCGCCGACGUGACCAACGUGCGCAUGCAGCAGGACCGGGCGCUGGCCCCCGAGCAGCGCCGCCACUACCGGCACGGCCUGGACGGCAUGUUGCGCAUGCUGCGCCAGGAGGGGCCCGCCUCGUGGUUCCGGGGCGUCUGGCCCAACAGCGUGCGGGCCGCCCUCAUGAACGCCUCCCAGCUGGCCUCGUACGACAGCAUCAAGGCCGCCCUGCUCCAGUACACGCCCCUCGGCGACACCACGACGACCCACUUCACCGCCAGCCUCAUGGCCGGCUUCGUCGCGACCACCGUGUGCAGCCCCGUCGACGUGAUCAAGAGCCGGGUUAUGAGCGCGAGCGGAAAGGGUCAGGGCAUGGCGAGCCUGCUCCGGGAGAUCACGGCGCAGGAGGGCGUGAGGUGGAUGUUCAAGGGCUGGGUCCCCAGUUUCCUAAGGUUGGGGCCGCAAACUAUCUGUACUUUCUUGUUUCUGGAGGCGCACCGCACGGGCUAUAGACGGUUUAUGGGCAUCCCUGAUGCGUGA